AUGAAUUACAAUCCUUAUCAAGAUGAUAAUAUAUACAAUAGUGUGAGAAAACUAAAAUACGAUAAGCAACAUUUUAAUUAUAUAAAUAAAAAUAUCCAGUCAAAUGAAAAAUUUAUUAGUAGACUUCAAAACACCCUGACCUUGUCAGGUCACGAAGGAUGUGUUAAUAGACUUAAAUGGAAUGACGAUAAUUAUUUAUUAGCAUCAGCUAGUGAUGAUAAAAGAGUUCUGAUAUGGAAUGUGAAUUCAUAUAAAUAUAAGAACAAGCCAAAACAUACCAUAGACACUGGUCACUUUUAUAACAUUUUUGGUUUAAGUUAUAUUGAUAAUGAUUUUAUUGUAACUGGUUCUAUGGAUAGGCAAGUUCGUGUUCAUAAUAUAUAUAAUUCUUCUUAUAAAGAUGUUCAUAAAUGCCAUUCCGACCGCGUAAAGCAUAUAGCUACAAUACCAAAACAUAACAAAUUUGUGUAUUGGUCAUGUUCAGAAGAUGGCACCGUGAGGCAAUUUGAUACUAGAGAGAAACAUAGAUGUACCCCCCCUGAUUGUAAAAAUGUUGUAAUAAAUUACAAUAAUGUCCCUAGUGAGAAUAAGAUUCAUCGAUAUACUCCGAACAAUACAAAUAAAAAAAUGAACAAAUUUAAUUACUUUUUGAAAAAUAGAUAUCAUGUUAUUAGAGCAAUGAAUGAAUACAAAUAUAUGAACCUAGAUUUUCAGAGAGAGUUGAAAGCAAUCGCGGUAAAUCCCCUGUAUAACAAUUACAUCGGGGUUUGUUCAAAUGACAUGCUGAUAAGAGUAUACGACAGAAGAAUGUUAAAGUUAUGUAAAAAAAAUAAAAAAAUGAAUAUAAAGAAUAGUAUUCCAUCUGAUACAUAUUACCCCAAGCAUUUAUGGAACUAUUAUGAUGAGGAAGAUGAAAAAAAACUAAAUCAAAUAUCUCUGUUUUGUACACAUUUAGCUUGGUCUAAUGAUGGAAAAUAUUUGGGUGUAACAUAUAAUAAUGAGCAUGUGUAUUUAUUUAAUUUUUUAAAUAAGGAAGAAGAAAGAUGUCUAAGUUACAAUAUUGUAGACAAUAAAUGCACUUUUGAUUAUACAAAAAAGUAUGAUAUUUUAUUUCCUCCGUAUUAUGAGGAAAAAUGUUGCAGCAAUAAUAAUAAUAGUAAUAUUAGAAGCAAUAAUAGCAUUAAUAAUAGAAGUAGUAAUAAUAUUAAUAUUAGCAGUAAUCUCAGUAACCAUAAUAAUGGUAAUUAUAGUAAUGGUAAUUAUAGUAAUGGUUAUAAUGGUAAUGGUAAUAGUGAUAAUGGUAACAAUGAUAAUAGAAAUAAUAAUAAUAGAAAUAAUAAUAAUAGAAAUAAUAAUAAUAGAAAUAAUAAUAAUAGAAAUAAUAAUAAUAAUAAUAAUUCCAAAAAUGGUAAUGGUAAAACCCCUUUGGAAGAACACCAUAGUUAUUUACAAGAACUAUCAUCAAUAAAAAACAUAGAAAAGUUAGCUGGAGAAGCCUACGAAAAAAAGCAAUAUUUUGAAGCAGAAUAUUUAUACAAUGAAUGUUUAAAUUUAGUAGAAAACAAAGAUAUAAAAAAAGUUAUUUACUGCAAUUUGGCCAUUACAUUAAUACAAAGAAAAGCGAAAAAUGAUGCAUACUUAGCUGAACAAUAUGCGUUAGAAGCUUUAAAGUUGGACCCAUCUUAUUAUAAAGCUAUAUAUAGAAGAAUUCAAGCGAAUAUUAUUAAUAAAAAAUUAAUAAAUGCAUAUAGAAUUACCUUAUCGGCAUGCAAACAGUAUAAAGGUGUUAUUGAAUUCUUUUAUUUAAAAAAAAAAAUUAAAAGGAAACUGUAUGAAUUGUACAAGGAUAAGGUGAGCUCGAUAAGGGAAACAUGCGUAAGCACUGGGAGGAAAAAAAACAAAAAAAAAGAAGCACUGGAAGGGGAGGAAGCGCGGGAAGUGGGGAAAGUUAAAAGCAGAAGCAGAAGUAGAGGCAUAAGCAAAGAUAGAAGCAUAGGCAGAAGCAAAGGAAGAAGCAAAGGAAGAAGCAUAGGCAGAAGCAAAGGAAGAAGCAUAGACAGAAGCAAAGAUGAACAAUUUCGUAGAAGAAAGCUUCAAAGUGAAGGGGAGAACGACGACGACAGUUAUAUUGUUGCCUCUAAGAGUACUGGUGAAAGGUGUAAAAGUGAGGAAUGCGACAAAGAGGGGAAUAAAAUAAGUGAACACCAUUUGGAUGAAAAGAAAGGGGAUGAAAAUAACCCCCCAUAUAAGAGACAAAAGGAAAAAGGUACAGAUGAGCAAAAUGAUUUUCUUUUCAAUGUAAACUCAAGUAAUAAUCUUAAUAAUUCUUUAAAAAAUCAAGACGCACAUAGCGACGUAAGUGAAAUAGAAAAAAUUGAAUACGCAAAUGAAAAGAUUGAUAAUGAACAUAUGAAAUUAGUAUAUCCAUUAAAUAAAAAUAGUAGCAGUAGGAAACAUUUUACGGAGGAAAAAAAUAUACUUGAAAAUAACCUUGAUGAGAAGAAAAGAAAACAUGAACAAUUCAUUGAGUCUAACUCGAAUAACUUUUAUAGUUGCUUGAGCGAAACGAGGAAAAAAAAGAAGAAGAAAAAGAAAUGCAGGCAUGUGGAAGAGGGAGUAGAAGCAGAAACAGGAGUAGAGGUAGACAUAGAAGUAGAGGCAGAUGUAGAUGCAGAAGUAGAAGCAGAUGUAGAUGCAGAAGUAGAGGCAGAUGUAGAUGCAGAAGUAGAGGCAGAUGUAGAUGCAGAAGUAGAGGCAAAUGUAGAUGCAGAAGUAGAGGCAGAUGUAGAUGCAGAAGUAGAGGCAGACGUAGAAGCGAAAGUAGAAGCCGAAGCAGAAGAGCACGUACGAGAGGAAAGACAUGAAAAACAUGAAUACGUAGAUGGAAGGAAAGAAAAAUUUACGAAUGAACAUGAAAAAAAGGAGGUAUUCAAUUUAGGGAAUUCACAAAAAGUAUCUAAUGAGGAAAGUGUAUCUAUUUUUCAAUCUGAUAGUUCCAAAAAAAGGGCUGGAAAAACAUUCAGUGAAAAAUUGAAGGACAUAUUAUGUAAGAGAAGUGGGAAUAGCAGUAGAGGUAGAAGUAGCAGCAAUAAUGGCAGUGAUACAAGAAGCAGAAAUAGCAAGGGAGAAUUUUCCAAAAAGAGUAAAAUUAUUAGAAGAAAACUAGGGCAUAAAAAGGAGGAUACAAAAGGAGACAUUAAAUGGGAUUCAAAGGGGGGAAAAAACAGAAAGAAGUACCUUCAUUUAAUAAAUCAGGUAUCUCACUAUUUGCAAAAUAAAAUUGUUAACUCGUAUCCUUUUUUUUUAUUUUUUUAUGUGAGCUUUUGUUAUAGAAAUUCUAUAACGUCUUGGAAUGGAUGGCCACGAUACUACUAUCUGGCAAUGGUAGAAAAGGUAUACAAACUCAAAAUAAAGGAAAAAAUAUUAAAAGAUAAAAAUUAUGAAAAAAAAUAUAAGCGAAAAUUAAAAAAAUUAAAUAGAAAUUAUGAAUACAUUUUUUAUAAGAAAAGAGAAAGUAAAUGUAAUUUAAAUAUGAUUAAAGAAAAUGAAAUUUUAAGGAAUUGUUAUCAAACAGAUAAAAAAAAACAGCAACAUCAACAACAAAAAAAAAAAGGGUAUAUAAAUAAGAUGACAAAAAAUGAUAGAAGCGAUAAGUUAAUUGGCAAUAUAGGGGGAAAUGUUGAGAAGUGUACUAACUUUUCAGGGUAUGAAGAAUGUAGUAGUAAAAGUAAACAUGAUGAUGGUAGCUCAAAUGGUGAUAAUAUGAAUAAUGGCAACUCAAAUGAAGAUCAUUUGAAUUUUAGUAACUCAAAUGUGGAUAAUAUAAAUGUGAAGGAUGAAAAGAAAUACCCGAUAGAUAAUGAUGAUGAUAGUCCGAAUGAAAUGAUUUUAUCAAAUAACCAAAAUUUAAAAAUUAACAAGAAUCAAAAUGAGGGUGUGCAGAAUUACGGGAAGAGUGUAUUUGCACCAUAUUAUCAAGAGGUAGUUAUCGAAAAGGAAGUGCAAAAUAUAGAGACACAACAGAAGGGUGAGGAAAAGGAGAAACAAGAAAGAAGAGAAGAAGCAGAUCGAGAAAACCGCUUAGAUCGGCAAACGCAGCAGGAGGAACGAGAUAAAGGGAGGAAAAAAACAAUAAAAGGAACAUCUAAUACUAAUAAUAUAAGGAAAAAUGAAAGAAUGAAAAAAAAGAGAAAAAAUAUAUUUUUAAAAAAAAAAUUAGACGAAAAGCAUACCUCUUCUUCAUCUGCUUCGUCUGCUUCGUCUGCUUCGUCUUACUCUGCAUCUGAUUCCUCCUCUUCCUCUUCUGUUUCAUCCACAUUGAACUCCCAUUCAAGGGAAUCUUGGAAAAGUAAAGACAACGUGAGAAAAGAAGACAUAAAAAAAGAUAUAGAUUACAUUUUAGAAAGGUCAUAUAAAAAAAAAAAAAAAAAAGGGAAUAUAAUACGGUUAGAAUUAUACCGAUCUACGUAUAGUAGUUUGCCAUUUAGUACUUCUGCACAAAAUGCAAAUACGAAUGUAGCAGCACUUGAAAAUAAUGUAUCUGUUGAUUCAGCGCAGGCAUAUAAUAACAGCCAUCAGAGUAAUGAUAUUAAUGGAGGCAAUAACGAACAUAACCAAAACGAGAAUACACAGAUUAGAAGUGAUGAACAACUGAAUGAAGAAAAUACAAGAGAAGCUACCAAUUUGAAUUAUAGAACCCCAUACCUUACUCAUGGGAUCAUAGGGGAUUUUAAUAUUAGCUAUUUUAGACUAGGAAAUAAUAACCUUAUUCUAAAUACUAGACUUAUAAAUGAUAAUAGUAACAUCAACAGAAAUAGUAAUACCAUUUCGAAUAACAUAAUUACAUCUGCUAAUAAUAAUACCGAGGAAAAUUAUGAUCACCCUCAUAAUGCUAUUAGAGGUGAUGAUCAUACCUGCACACGCGUUAUCAAUGUAAACAAUGACAAAGGGGAGAAUAAGGUCUAUUCUAGGAGUAACACAGGAAGAAGUAUGAUUAAGGGUAUGAACUACGAUAAGAGUGUAGAUAAACCAUAUCCUUUGAAGAAAGAAAAGAGAAAGAGCGGGGAAGGAAGAAGUGUGGAAAUAGGGAGCACAAAAGUAAAAAGCGAAGGAAGACGCGGAGAAAGGCGUAAUGAACAUAAUGGAGAAUGCACCUACUCAUCUAGCAAAAGCAGCAAAUCAAAUAAAAAAAAAAAAAAAAAGUCGAAGGAAAUGAAUCCAUACAAACAUAAGGACUACAAGAUUGGGAAGGAACUAGAUUUUAAAUGCAUGAUGAAUUCAAAGAGAAGAGAAACUCGAACGAAAAAAGAUGACAAGAAGAAGAAAAUAAAAAGAACGUAUUAUGACAGCAGUACAAGUAGCAGUAAUACAAAUGGUGUUAAUUCAAAUAGAAGUAAUACGAAUAGCAGUAAUACAAAUAGCAGUGAUACAAAUAGCAGUAAUACAAAUGCAAGUAAUACAAAUGGUAGUAAUACAAAUGGUAGUAAUGCAAAUGACAGUAGUGCGAGUGGAAACAUUUCUUCAAUCCUUGAGAAUUAUGAUGACCCAAACUCCAUGCCCAUAGAAAAGACUCGGAGCAAAAUACAUAGUAUAAGAAAUACUAACAAAAUGAAGAAUAGGAAAAGAAAAAAAAAAAAUAAAACAAGAGAAAAAAAAAGAGAGAAAGAAAGAGAAAGCAAUUUCAAGGGUACAUCGCCAUCAUCAUCCUUACCAUCAUCUAUAUCCUCAUCAUCAUCUUCAUCCUCGUCAUCCUCAGACAAUUCAAAAACAUCCUUAUUACGUGAUGACUGCUUAUUAAAAGAUAACUUAAGGAAUAAAAGGAGGAUAGGGGAGCGUAUAAGGCAUUUAUUAGAAAAGAGAUCAAACAAAUUUUUUAAUGAAAAGGGAAGAAAAAAAAAAAAAUCGCAGUGUAUUAUAUACGAUUCAAAUAAAAUAAUAAACGAAAUUAAUACAUCAGAAUUAGACGAUAAGGAUGAAGUUGAUUUAUAUUCAUCAGACGAAAUGAAUUAUAUGCAUAAACAAAAAAUUUCAUUACUUAGAAAUCAUGCCAUUUUAGAUUUCAAAGAUAGCUCAUCUGAUUAUAGUUAUUCUUCUUUAUCAACUGAUAAUACAUCCUCUUCUUUUGAGAACCAGUUCUAUGAUCAUCUUUACAAUGCAGUUGACUACAAAGAUAUUAGUACUUGCCAAAAUAUUUACGUUUUUGAAAAAAAAAAAAAAAAAAAAAUUCGUAAUUAUAUAGAAAAAAUUGAAGAUCCCUUCUGGGUUCCUCAGGGAAGUUGUAAAAGAUUCGUCGGACACUGCAACAACGGAACAGACAUAAAAGAGGUGGCCUUUUGGAAUGACAAUGUUAUAUUAGCCGCAAGUGACAACUGUGAAGUAUACGUAUGGAGAAUAAGAGAUGGGAGAUUAUUAAACGUUUUAAAGGGGCAUGAAAACCAUGUAAACUGUGUUCAAGUACACCCUGAAGGGUCUUCUUUGGCUACAAGUGGCAUCGACAAAUACAUUAAAAUAUGGCAGCCAAACAGCAAAACGGAAUUCGACAAAAGCAUUCAGGAUACCAUGAUGGAAAAUCAAAAGUCUCUGGAAUUGUCAAACGCAAACUAUUUCAGUUUUGUUAAUUUUUCACCUAUCAUCAUUAAGUAA